AUGGCAGGUCAACUUCUCUCCGUUCAGGACCCGCAAGCCAGCGUGAUCGGGGAAAUCUCUAAGCACCCUGAUUUUCGUGUGGUCGCUGCAUUCUUCCUGGGCUGGGUAUUUUUGUGCAGUGCACAUUUAACUGUGCUUUCGCCCUUGAUCCGUGACGCGUUCCAUCAACUAUUCACAGCCUGCAGCCGUUGGCGUCGAAGACGACGUGUAGCCGAUCUUGAGCACCUUGCGGAGAAAGAUGUCGACGUCGCGGAUGAUAGAAUGGCAUCAGGGAGGCAGCUAGAGAAUGAGGACAGCGCUUUCGUGUUCAUCUUAAAUUUAUGCUUCGCAUCUGCUGCUCUUGCCAAUUUGUGCUCUCUGCUUAAUCUCGGAACUCAUGGAGAAGGGAUUGCCUGUACUUUCAUUAUCGCCUGGGGAAGCAUGGCCUCCUACUCCGUCCGAAUGACAGGACUUCUCAUGAUCAGCUGGAAAUUACGGAGGCUUGGAGUGAAGCGCGCAGAGCUUUACAUUCUUUGGUUUGGACUUCUAUGUGUUUUAGGACUGGUUUUUGCUCUGAAUGCUACGGGUACAGGGAAGACGAGUGUGUUGGAGUCCACGGAAGUGUCCAUUUGUUAUAAACAAUACGUCUCCUCGAUUUCAUUCUCCCUAUCAGCUAUCCUCAUGGCACUCGAGCUGUACACUGCCAUUCGAAUUGUUUCGAAGCGUCUUAACGGGAAUAAUUCUAGCCCGACUACCAUUGACGUUGCAAGGCCUGUCUGUUUGCUCAUAUUCGACGCUGCAAUCAUCAUUCCCGCGACACGGUGGUGCAACACACUGGUCCAGUACAUUCCAUACAGUCUUGGUGCUCUGCUUGUGAUUGGUGUGUUCAAUUACCGUAGCAGUACGGCUGUCACUGAGGGUGAUAAAAUUGAGCCGUACCAUGGACCGCGAAACACGAUACUAAUGCCUUCGCCGUUCCUUUUGCAUUUCUUGGACACACCCAAUCCUCACGCUCCCCCACAAUAUAACGCACGACUAUCACAGUACGGCGAUGUGAUUUUUCACAUAGGGCCAGAUGAUGGGAACAGCUCAUCGGAGGAAUCUGCUCCAGAGGAAAACAUCCUUACAGCUCCGUUCAGUGCUCCUGCUGAUUUGGAUGGAACCUUUUCAGAGCAACAGCGUCAGACGCGACACAUCCUACCACACCAAGUCAAGUACGCGGAGCGCUUCGAGAAUGUAGAUGUCUUGCCUACAGGCCCAGUAGUCAGACCUCCUCGUGAGCGGCCGCAGGUCUUCGUGGUGACUGAAGGCGAAAAUUCUCGCGUUCAGCGACCCCGACCUUUCAGUCUCAUCGGCUCAGACAUUAUACGCCUGACGCCACGGACGCCGAGCAGGAAACGGAAAGACUCUAGGCUUUGGUCGCCCGUAUCGACGUCCCGGUUAUCGCAGGCGUAUUCAUCCCCGCGAGAUUCCGCCUCCGGUCCCUUCCCAUCUUACAACACUUUCGGGGGCUAUGCAUAUCUCGGACGCGAUCGACAAUCCAUAACCCGCGACAGCAUGAUCUCGCACGCAGAUUUCAGCCGGGGCCGUCAACUGCCCUUGCAACCGCGUCAAUCCCACCCAUCGUCUCGUGAACAGGAUGAGGGCGAGCUUGGGCCCGUCGCCGAGAUGUCUAACCCUGAUGACCCUUCGACACCGCCAUCCGGACAUGUAACAAACAGACGACUAACUUUCGGUCAGUCUUGGAAGUCGGUCAAACGGGUCCAGUCGCAGAGCGUCAAGUCGAGAGAUUCACAGACGACCUUUUCCGUAUCUACAUCGACGUCGCACCGAGCCACAUUCUCUCCUCGAGAAAGCGCUCCGCCCUUGCCCAUUAACACACUCCCUCCACUCCCUAUGACCCACCCAACGAUAGCCGGUCGCGACGGGUCGCUGGGAGGUUGA